CAGCUGAGCUGCGGGGCGAGGUUGGGAUCUCCUGGGAUCGGCGUAGGGGCGCUCGGGGCGGGAGUGAGGUGCAAGGCUGCGCCAGGUUUAAGGGGGAGGGCUCCAGAGCCUUCUCACUGUGUAAGGCGAGAGAGAGAGAGGAUCCUCAGGAUUUUAAAGAGGAGGAGGCGGCGGCAAGUUCCCAGUAUCUGUCAGAGGCUGGGGGGUCGUAGCUUCCAAUCCGGGGAGACGGGGAUCCCCGGGGGGAGCCCUGUCGUGAUCCCCGGGCCCCGGCCGAAGGGUCCAGAGGCCUGGCAUCAUGGCGUCCAUCCUGGAUGAGUACGAGGACUCGCUGUCUCGUUCGGCCGUCUUGCAGCCCGGCUGCCCUAAUGUGGGCAUCCCCCAUUCGGGGUAUGUGAAUGCCCAGCUAGAGAAGGAGGUGCCCAUCUUCACGAAGCAGCGCAUUGACUUUACCCCUUCUGAACGAAUCACCAGUCUUGUCGUGUCCUGCAAUCAGCUGUGCAUGAGCCUGGGCAAAGAUACACUGCUCCGCAUUGACUUGGGCAAGGCAAAUGAACCCAACCACGUGGAGCUGGGGCGCAAGGAUGAUGCCAAAGUUCACAAGAUGUUUCUGGACCAUACUGGCUCUCACCUGCUGAUUGCUCUGAGCAGCACUGAGGUCCUCUACGUGAACCGUAAUGGACAGAAGGUACGGCCACUAGCACGCUGGAAGGGGCAGCUGGUGGAGAGUGUGGGUUGGAACAAGACACUGGGCACUGAGAGCAGCACAGGCCCCAUCCUGGUUGGUACUUCCCAAGGCCAGAUCUUCGAAGCAGAGCUCUCAGCCAGCGAGGGUGGGCUUUUUGGCCCUGCCCCGGAUCUCUACUUCCGUCCAUUGUAUGUGCUAAAUGAAGAAGGGGGUCCAGCGCCUGUGUGCUCCCUUGAGGCUGAGAGGGGCCCUGAUGGGCGUGGCUUUGUUAUUGCCACCACUAGGCAGCGCCUCUUCCAGUUCAUAGGCCGAACAGUGGAGGGGGCUGAGGCCCAGGGCUUUUCAGGGCUCUUUGCUGCUUACACAGACCACCCACCCCCAUUCCGUGAGUUUCCCAGUAACCUGGGCUACAGCGAGUUGGCCUUCUAUACUCCCAAGCUGCGCUCUGCACCCAGGGCCUUUGCCUGGAUGAUGGGAGAUGGUGUGUUGUAUGGCUCAUUGGACUGUGGGCGACCUGACUCCUUGCUUAGCGAGGAGCGAGUCUGGGAGUACCCCGAGGGGGUAGGUCCUGGGGCCAGCCCGCCCCUGGCCAUCGUGUUGACCCAGUUCCACUUCCUGCUGCUGCUGGCUGACCGGGUGGAAGCCGUGUGCACGUUGACAGGGCAGGUGGUGCUGCGGGACCACUUCCUGGAGAAGUUUGGGCCGCUGAAGCACAUGGUGAAAGACUCCUCCACAGGCCAGCUGUGGGCCUACACUGAGCGGGCUGUCUUCCGCUAUCAUGUGCAGCGAGAGGCCCGUGAUGUCUGGCGCACCUACCUGGACAUGAACCGCUUUGAUCUGGCUAAAGAGUAUUGUCGAGAGCGGCCUGACUGCCUGGACACAGUCCUGGCCCGAGAGGCUGAUUUCUGCUUUCGCCAGCAUCGAUACCUGGAGAGUGCCCGCUGCUAUGCCCUGACCCAGAGCUACUUCGAGGAGAUUGCCCUCAAGUUCUUGGAGGCCCGACAGGAGGAGGCUCUGGCUGAGUUCCUGCAGCGGAAACUGGCCAGUUUGAAGCCAACUGAGCGCACGCAGGCCACGCUGCUGACCACGUGGCUGACGGAACUCUACCUGAGCCGGCUCGGGGCUCUGCAGGGCGACCCAGAGGCCCUGAACCUCUACCGGGAAACACGGGAGCGCUUCCGUGCCUUCCUCAGCAGCCCCCGCCACAAGGAGUGGCUGUUUGCCAGCCGGGCCUCUAUCCACGAGCUGCUCGCUAGUCACGGGGACACUGAGCACAUGGUGUACUUUGCUGUGAUCAUGCAGGACUAUGAGCGGGUGGUGGCAUAUCACUGCCAGCACGAGGCCUAUGAGGAGGCCCUGGCUGUGCUUGCCCGCCACCGUGACCCCCAGCUCUUCUACAAGUUCUCGCCCAUCCUCAUCCGUCACAUCCCCCGUCAGCUGGUAGAUGCCUGGAUCGAGCUGGGCAGCCGGCUGGAUGCCCGGCAGCUCAUCCCUGCCCUGGUGAACUAUAGCCAGGGUGGUGAGGCCCAGCAGGUCAGCCAGGCCAUCCGCUACAUGGAGUUCUGUGUGAAUGUGCUGGGUGAGACUGAGCAGGCCAUUCACAACUACCUGCUAUCGCUGUAUGCCCGUGGCCAGCCAGCCUCGCUUCUGGCCUACCUCGAGCAGGCUGGGGCCAGCCCGCACCGUGUGCAUUAUGACCUCAAGUAUGCGCUGCGGCUGUGCGCUGAGCAUGGCCACCACCGUGCUUGCGUCCAUGUCUACAAGGUCCUGGAGCUGUAUGAGGAGGCUGUGGACCUUGCCCUGCAGGUGGACGUCGACCUGGCCAAGCAGUGUGCAGACUUGCCUGAGGAAGAUGAGGAGCUGCGCAAGAAGCUGUGGCUGAAGAUUGCCCGGCACGUGGUGCAGGAGGAGGAAGACGUGCAGACGGCCAUGGCCUGCCUGGCCAGCUGCCCCCUGCUCAAGAUUGAGGAUGUGCUGCCCUUCUUUCCGGAUUUCGUCACCAUUGACCACUUCAAGGAGGCCAUCUGCAGCUCACUCAAGGCCUACAACCACCACAUCCAGGAGCUGCAGCGGGAGAUGGAAGAGGCAACAGCCAGCGCCCAGCGCAUCCGGCGAGACCUGCAGGAGCUGCGGGGUCGCUACGGCACUGUGGAGCCCCAGGACAAGUGUGCCACCUGCAACUUUCCCCUGCUCAAUCGCCCUUUUUACCUCUUCCUCUGUGGCCACAUGUUCCAUGCUGACUGCCUGCUGCAGGCUGUGCGGCCUGGCCUGCCUGCCUACAAGCAGGCCCGGCUCGAGGAGCUGCAGCGGAAGCUGGGGGCUGCUCUACCCCCAGCCAAGGGCUCCACCCGGGCCAAGGAUGCUGAGGGUGGGGCUGCCACUGGGGGGCCCAGCCGGGAACAGCUCAAGGCUGACCUAGAUGAACUGGUGGCUGCUGAGUGCGUGUACUGUGGGGAGCUGAUGAUCCGCUCUAUUGACCGGCCCUUCAUCGACCCCCAGCGCUACGAGGAGGAGCACCUCAGUUGGCUGUAGGACAGUGUCACCCAAUGAGUGGGCAGGCACUGGUGAGCAGCUACUUCACCCCUCUUGGGAAGGCCAUACACUAGUCUGCGCUCAGUCAUCUUGCCAUUGCUGAGAUAUGACCCUGUGAAAUGAUAACUGCUACCUGUGAGGUGUCAGGAGUGAGUGUAUUCUGCCAGCCUAUCAUGCUGUUCUGCAGACUUGCCUUAGAGCUGCUGUUACACCACGCCAUCGGCCUGCCUCCCAAGACAGGACCUUAGUCAGGAGAAGUCAGAAAGCUAACCCCAUUAUCACCCCCCUGCAUCUAACAGCUCUUUUGUCCUUGUCACUCCACACACACAUCCUGUUCCUUCUAGAGUGAGAGUACCAUUCUUUCUCUUCACUUUGAUGCCUCUGGACCUCUAGCUCUUCUCCCUCAGAGCAGUCCCUCUUCCUGUCUGCUGCAAGUGUCCCAGAAGCAAAAAGGCAGCUCUCCAAGUCCUGGACGUUGGGUGGGAGAGGUGGUGCUAAGGGUGGGUGUGCUCUUGUGUACCCGUCUGGGGCUCCAGUGUGAGGGUACCCUGGGGCCAAGGGCCUUAUGGAGGACAGUAGGAGAUGGUGACAGAGCUGGAGAGCAUUAAACUGUCUGCACUGUA